GCUAGGAGCGUACCAUUUCCAAGUCUUCAUAUUCCCCCCUCUUGCUGGAAUGGUAUCUCCCGCCUGAAGGCAAGACAACCUGGGAGCGUACCAUUGAGAAAGAGAAAAAGGGGGCGAGCGAAGGAAGGAGAAAGGAAAAAGAUCUAGAAAGAGGAACAAUUAGCAGUAAAGGAAACAGGAAAGAAGAGAGACGGGGAGGGGGAAGGAGGUGGGGAGCAGAGCGCUCACCUCGGGUUGCCAUGGGAACUUUUCCUUCUCGCUCUGCCUCCCAGCCAGUCAGUAGCCGGAGCCUUGGUGGGUAGGCCUCACUUCCGGCUCACAAUUUGGCAGGAAGUGGGCCUUCGGCGCGGCCCCUGGCUCGGUUUUCCCCCCUCGCGCGGGCGGAGAGGCUCACUAUGUGGCAGCAGCAGCAGCAGCAGCAGCAACCGCCUCCUCCGCCUCCGCCGCCGCCAAUGGAGGCCGGGCUCCGAGCGCAGCAGCAGCAGGCCCAAGCCCAGGGCCAGGCCUUCUCGGCGGGGGGAGACCAGCCUCCGCCUCCCCCUCCGCCUCAGCAGCCGGCCUCUGCUUCCUCCUCCGCCUCGGGCCGCGCCGAGCUGAGCCUCCCCGGCAUCCUGCACUUCAUCCAGCACGAAUGGGCCCGCUUCGAGGCCGAGAAGAGCCGCUGGGAGGCCGAGAGGGCCGAGCUCCAGGCACAAGUGGCGUUCCUUCAGGGGGAAAGGAAGGGCCAAGAGAAUCUGAAGACCGAUCUUGUGCGGAGGAUAAAGAUGUUGGAAUAUGCUCUGAAGCAGGAGAGGUCAAAGUAUCACAAGCUGAAAUUUGGCACCGACCUAAAUCCAGGAGAGAAGAAACCUGAUACAUCAGAACCAGUCUCCAAUGGACCAGUGGAGCCCCUUUCCUUGGACAGCAACCAAUUUAUGUGGAAAGAAGGCCGCCAGCUCCUGCGUCAGUACCUGGAAGAGGUGGGCUACACAGACACCAUCCUCGACAUGCGCUCCAAGCGGGUUCGCUCUCUGCUGGGACGCUGCUCCAUGGAGUUGAAUGGCGCGGCGGAGCCCAGCAGCUUGGGACGGGGCCUGCCUCGGGGGCCUGGCCUGAAUGGAGGAGAAUCCCUCCUUGUCAAGCAGAUCGAGGAGCAGAUUAAAAGGAAUGCUGGGAAAGAGGCCAAGGACCGCAUCAGCAGCACAGUGAUGGAGAAGAUCCCCUUCUUGCAGGGCUGCGAAGAAGAGGACAGCGACGAAGAGGAAGACCUGGAAAGCCUGCCUUUGGAGACGCAGCGGCAGCACAAGAAGCAGCGAGUAAAGCUCACCAAUAAGCCUCUGAUGCCCGAAGUGGAGGACGAAGAUGACGACGAGGACUCGGAGGAUGCGCUGAGCGAGUUUGACUUCCUGGGCUCCGGGGAGAAUGGCGAGGGCUCUGGGGACACGCGAAGGGCCGGCGAUGGUAACGAGCUUGAAACCCGGAGGGUGAAGCUGCAAGGCAUGCUGGCCGACCUCCGAGACGUGGAUGGGCUUCCUCCCAAGCCAGCCAUGCCCCCAGCCAUCCCUGGUCAGCCCAGGCCCCAUGAAGGGUCACUGGGGUUCUCCUCAGAUGUGUUUAUAAUGGACACAAUCGGUGGGGGAGAAGUAAGUCUGGGUGACCUUGCUGAUCUCACCGUCACCAACGACAAUGAAUUGAGCUGUGAUCUUUCAGACAGUAAAGAUGCGUUUAAAAAGACCUGGAACCCCAAGUUUACCCUGCGGAGCCACUACGACGGCAUCCGGGCCUUGGUUUUCCACCACGUGGAGUCGGCCCUGGUCACGGCGUCCGAGGACGGCACUCUCAAGCUGUGGAACCUCCAGAAGACGGUGGCAGCCAAAAAGAACGCGGCUUUGGAUGUAGAACCAGUCUAUGCAUUCAGGGCACACAGGGGCCCAGUGCUUGCUGUCGCCAUGGGUUGCAACAGCGAGUACUGCUACAGCGGCGGGCUGGACACGCGGAUCCGCUGCUGGAGGAUCCCGGAUCUCAGCAUGGACCCUUACGACGGUUACGACCCCAGCAUGCUUAGCAAUGUUCUGGACGGCCACACGGAUGCUGUUUGGGGCCUGGCCUUCAGCCCCUCGAAGAACCGCCUGGCCUCCUGCUCUGCCGACGGAACGGUCAGGAUAUGGGACCCCAGCAGCAGCGAUGCCCCCUGCCUCAGCACUUACAACACGGAGAGUGAGAAUGGCAUCCCUACAUCCGUCACAUUCUCCAGUACUGAUCCAGCACAUGCCGUGGCUGCUUUCCAGACAGGCUUUGCAGUCCUUUAUGACGUGGAGACCUCCGUCCCGGUCCUGACACUGGAAUCCAGACCGGCCAAUGGAGCCAGUCAGAUCAACCAAGUGGUGAGCCACCCAAACCAGCCAAUCACCAUCACGGCCCACGACGACCGGGGGAUCCGCUUCCUCGACAAUCGGACAGGGAAAGCUGUGCAUUCCAUGGUGGCGCACCUGGAUGCCGUCACCUGUCUUGCGGCGGAUCCCAACGGCGUUUUCCUUAUGUCAGGAAGCCACGACUGCUCCCUCCGGCUGUGGAACCUGGACAACAAGACCUGCACGCAGGAGAUCACCGCCCACCGGAAGAAGCACGAGGAGGCCAUCCACGACGUGGCCUUCCACCCCAGCAAGGCCCUGAUCGCCAGCGCCGGGGCCGACGCCCUCGCCAAGGUCUUCGUAUGAGGGAAGGGCGGGGCCUGCAGGUGUGUCCCCAGGACCUCCUCCUUUGUUCUGUCCCUCCCUCCCUUCCUCCCUUCCGUCUUUCUCUGGCCCAGCCAGUGGUGCUAACAACCCUCCUCCUGGCCACGGGGCGCCUCUUGCCAUCUCGACCCCUGCUCAGGACUGACCCCUGCUGGACAGUGGCGGCCGAGUCUCCGCGACCGGGGGAAAGGAGGGGGGAAAAGCAGCCGCCCGCUUCCCUGAUGACAUUGGGGCUCACCUUCACCAGCACUGAAAUAUUUUCCACUCAUUUCAAGGUCGCCUGGUUUUUAUUAUUUCCCAGCUCAGGGAGCGGAAGAAAUAUUUCUUUUCUUUUUUUGUCCUCUGGAUUGUUUGGAGGGAUGUCGAUGGAGGAGGAGGAGGAGGGAGCGGAGACUCUGUGACAUGGCAAAGGGCUUCGGGCAGCUCCCCCAAACUUUUCCAUUUUGACAUCCACAAACCUUGGAGGUUUUUUUGUUACGAGCACCCCAAAGUGAACAUUAAAGAGAGCCAUACGUACGGACUCUUUCCCGUCUCUCGAUCCCGGUGGUGUUCCUUUCGCAAAGCCAAAAUGAGGGACAGCGAAUGCAAUUGGAGCGACGGCUCCCCAUCCCGUUGGGGGGCUCUUGCGCUCAUCCGUUGUGGCUGAAGAAAGUCCAGCGUCGUUUUGACUCCUUGUGAUGGAGGAGAGACUCAAUCUUAGCGCCGCUCAGUGUCCCCUUGCUCCCCUUCUUUGUGCUCCCCGGAGUUUCUCGUUCCUUUUUCCCCCUCCCCUUGACUCCCAAGGCAUGUCCGCACCGAACAUUCCCCUUCUGCAGCAAAGGAGGAAAGAGCUUGGAGGGUGUUUGGGAUGUCGUUACCUCCCCUUUGACCCCUUUGCUUCCAGAUACGUUACCUUGGCCUCUGCCCCACGUCUGUCCUUAUUUUGAAAACAAAACAAAGGAAGGGGCUGCAACAAUAGGUCAGUGAACAGGUGAGCCAUUGAGGAGCGACAGGUGAGACCAUAACUCCCUAUUCAACGUGUCUAGGAAUCAUAAAGUUGGGAUUUUUGGGGGGAAAUAGCA